AUGCUUGAUUCUUCCGCUCUCCUUAUUUUUCUUUGUUUGCACGUUAUAUUUACCUAAGCAAAGAUGCCAGUUUAUUGAAGUGAACAAGAGGCCGCUUAAUUAAAGCAAAACUUAGGCCUUGGUGGUGAAUCCAAAGCACACUCCUUUGAUUUUUCCACCAUAUUCGUCCCAGACGCAAACUCAACUCCAAUAUAAAUCCCAUCCCAUCCAGUUGAACCAUCCAUAAAUCUCUCAUUCCUUCACAUUCAACACUCAAAAAAAUUCAGAUUCCAACCCUUCAGAAUCCAUCCAUGGCAGAGAAAGAAGGAGGAAUCGUCAAGAAAGGCCACGAGGAAGGCAUGAAGAUGGCAGCCUCGAUCCUCGCCGAGUUCGAGCUCCCACUCGGCCUCCUCCCCCUUGCCGAAGUUGUUGAGGUCGGGUUUGUGCGCAGCACGGGGUACAUGUGGAUUGUGCAGAAGAAGAAGGUGGAGCACACGUUCAAGAUGGUGAGCAAGCUCGUGAGCUAUGACUCCGACAUCACUGGCUACGUCGAAAAGAAGAGGAUCAAGAAGCUCAAGGGUGUCAAGGCGAAGGAGCUCAUGUUGUGGCCCCCCGUGAGUGAGAUCAUCGUUGACGACCCACCAACCGGGAAAAUCCACUUCAAGAGCCUCGCUGGGAUCACGAAGACCUUCCCGGUCGAGGCAUUCGCUGCUGGGCAAUGAAGGGAUAGGUUCGAGUUUCGAGCACCGAGUUGCGUUAUACGACUCAUUAUUAUAUAUGAAGAAAGAGCAAAGCAUGAGCCCCUGGGAGGCGAUAUAUUUCCUAUAACUGUUUCAAGUUUGGUUUCUGUUAUGUUCUGCCUAUUUUUCUUAUCAAGGAUUUUGAUUUGCGUUCGUAA